GUUUUCCAUGAGGACAGCAUCAUCUCUGGGUACCGACAUCCUCACAGCUCAGCCACUGACUGCAUCCUCAGCCUCUUCCAGAUGACCAACGAGACGCUCAACAUCUGGACUCACUUUCUGCCCACCUGAAGCGUCUCACUGACAGCGUGGCGUGGCAUGAAGCCUCCCUCAUCCCUGUUCAUGGCUCUCUCCGCCCGCCUCCUGAUCUCCAUCGCCUCCUUCAUCCAGCGAUACUUUAGUUUCUGAUUCUUUUGUUCAGACAUUAGGUGAAUAGAUAAUUACUUACGUUGCUUGACAGUAUCCCAGGUGGGCCAUCAAUAAAGGAAUCCAACAGGUAAAAAACAAACAGAACGAAACAAAGAAACAACAAAAAACAAAACAGGCACGAGACAAACACAACAAUAAAACCAUAGUCACAUUACCGUAUAUCCGGGGAUCACAGAACCCAUCCAACGAACCAUGAAAAAAUACAACAUAGGCACCGCCGUAAAACCACACAUAAAACUUAGACAACUUCUAGUACACCCAAAAGACAAUAUCGAGCAACAAAAAAGUGCAAUGUCAUUUACGAAAAACCAUGCAACUCUUGCAAGAACACAUACAUCGGGGAGACAGGGACAACAUUUCACACACGGAAGAACGAACAUCAGAAGGAAACAGCAACACGACUCACAAGAUCUCAGAAACAAAAGGCACUACAGGAAAAUCUCAAAUCUGCAAUAUCUGACCACUGCAAAAGGAACAAUCAUGUUAUGGACUGGGACGGGGCAAGAAUCAUCGGAACGGAAGAAAACAAACUGAAACGCUGGAUUAAGGAGGCGAUGGAGAUCAGGAGGCGGGCGGAGAGAGCCAUGAACAGGGAUGAAGGAGGCUUCAUGCUCUCCCACACCUGGGACACCACACUCCAGAGGAAACAUGCCUGGUGGGAUGGUCGGGUCGUUGGGCUCACCAUGACAUGUCAUUACGGCGUGGACGUGGUUGGUCCGGCGCAUCUGGAGACUCUACUGGGAGUUCCGCAAAUACCUGCUGUCAAAACCUGCCAGCUGACAUGUCACGCUGUCAGUGAGACGCUUCUGAGGAAGGACAGAGUGUUGGCGAAACUGUCAAGCAGGUAUUUCCUCUGGAAGCUGGUGACGGUGCUGCUGAUGCAGACUCCCUGGCAGAACUCCUUCAUCUGGCCUCUGGUGGUCUUCCUGCUGUCCUGCUGCAUCUACCCGCUGGCGUCCAGCUGUGCUCACACCUUCAGCACCAUGUCGGCUCGGGCCCGACACAUCUGCUUCUUCUUUGACUACGGCGCCCUCAGUUUCUACAGUCUGGGUUCAGCGAUCAUCUACUCGGCUUACGUUUUCCCCGAUAAGUGGGUGAGCAGCUCCUUCCAUCGGUGGUACAUCCCCAUCGCUGUGUUCAACACUGUCAUCUGCACCUUCCUGGCCUGUUACUCCAGGCUUGGCUUACCGUUCCUACAAUAUAAUCACGACAUCGUGAAGAGAUUCCCUGAAUACCAGAGCCCAAAGUUCAGUAAAUUCCUGCGUGUGGCCGCCUUCGCCUACCCCUACCUGUUCGACAACAUUCCUCUGUUCUACAGGGUUUUCCUCUGUGUAGGAGAAGGCUGUACUGACAACGGUACCAACAUCCUCCACUACAAACACAUCGCCUUGGCUUUCCUCACCGGCUUUCUGUUCGCCACUCAUCUACCUGAGCGUCUGGCACCUGGCAGCUUCGACUACAUCGGUCACAGCCACCAGCUCUUCCACGUCUGCAGCGUCCUGGGCACCCACUUCCAGAUGCAGGCCCUGGAGCAGGACAUGGUGACACGGCGGCCCUGGCUUGUCCACAACUCCUUUCCCAUCACAUUUUCCAACUCGGGGGGUCCAGCACUGUUUUGUGUGCUACUCAAUUUGGCCAUCAUCGCCCUCUUCAGUCUGCCUCUCCUCUCUGCUCCCGUCUGCAAAGAAAAGGACCAUGGGAAAGGUCCAAAGAAGGCCUCAGCCAAACCCCGGCCCUGUUGCUGAGUCUGCAGUCAUGGCUGAGGGGAUCCAGCUUCUCAUAGGACAAUCAGAUGAGUGAAAAGAGGCAUUAUGGGUAAUAUGAAAACACUGUUAACCCUCGCGUCGUCCUGGGUCAAAAUAGACCCUUUAUAAAGUUUGAAAAUGUGAAAAAAAAAAUUAUUUUCACAGAGAAACUUCUGAUGUCCACAUUUUCUACAUUUCUGGGAAAUCUUUGAACAUUUUUUGGUGGAAAAAAAUAAAUUUUAAAAAUGUUUCUUUAAGAACAUUCACAUAAAAAUCAACCAAAAUCCAGCAAAUUUGGCUAGAUUUUGGUUGAUUUUUUUGUGAAUGUUGUUUAAGAAAAUAUUAGAAGUUUUACUGAUAUAUAUGGAAUCACAGGAUUUUUGGGGAAGAUUUUUACUCAUUUUUUGAAAAUAUUUAUAAAAAAAUUCUUGCCAAAUUUGGGGGAUUUUUUAAAAUGAAACUUUUAAGGGAAACUUUUAAGGAAUUAUUGGAAUUUUCUUCCUGAAGGUUUUGCAAAUUUUCAGAAAUUUGGGGAAAUUUUUGCUGAUUUUUGGGAUUUUUUUCAGACAAGGAAACAGUAUUUUUUGGUGCCUGUAAAUGAAGACAACAGGAGGAUUAAAGCACUACUGAGCUAUGAGGAGCUGCUGUAAUGUUUAAGUGAAUUAUGAUUGUAUUGUGUGUAAGUUGCACAAACUUACAAUACAAAUUUAACAAAACAUUUGUUACCAUGAUAUGUAAUGAAUCUAAAUGUUUCUAAGGAAACUGUAUGAAGCUACAAAUGUAGCAGCUUAGCUACAUUUAGCUACAAUUUUGAGGAUUUGUUUUUUUUUAAAAAUUUGUUCCAUUCUUUGAUUUCCACACACACGUGGUGUAUGAAAAGACUUCAGGGAAUAAAAGCUAUGUAGAAUUUUAAUUUCACUGUCAAUUUAAAAUGUUUAUAAUAAAUUAAGACACUCCCUGUUUCUAAUGACUGCACACAGCUUAUGAAAGGAGACACCACUAACAUGAAUAAAACAAAAGAAACGCUUUUGACGAUGAAUGUUGGAUGUUUUGCUUUUGAGAUUGUGCUGCCUGCAAAUUAAUGACUUACUACACUCAAAGUUUAGUCACUGGUAAUGUAUGAUUUUAUGUUUUCAGAGUAGUUUAUUUCCCUCAGAUGACUGGGGUUUGUGUCCCAGUAGACGUUGUCAUAAUAUCCGUUAAUGCAAAACUGAAAGUAUUUAAGUUAUAUUUAUUAUGAGUUUUUCAAAUAAACUGUAAACCAAAUCUGA